GAAGAGGAGGCUGUUAAGGAGUCAUAGGAGAGUGGAAUAACUUGCAGAGGUAGGCAGGGAAAGGUCUUGAGGCAGCAGCUGCAGCAGGAAAAGAUCCAGCUGGAUAUAAAAAAUAAUCCUUCACCACCAGAGCAGUUAAAUGCUGUAAUAAGUCAUCCAAGAGAGGUACAUCCGCUCCGAGCGCUCCGUCAUCCUCAUCAACUUCUGCCUCUCCAUCAUCUCCUCCAACGCCCUCAUCCUGAUCGGACAGACCCAGACCCGGAAUAAGGUGAUCUGCACGCUGGUGGCAGCUUUCUUGCACUUCUUCUUCCUGUCCUCUUUCUGCUGGGUGCUGACCGAGGCCUGGCAGUCCUACAUGGCCGUGACGGGCCGGUUACGGAACCGCAUCAUCCGCAAGCGCUUCUUGUGCCUCGGAUGGGGGCUCCCUGCCUUGGUGGUUGCCAUUUCCGUGGGAUUUACUAAAGCCAAGGGAUAUGGAACUGUCAACUACUGCUGGCUGUCGUUGGAGGGAGGGCUCCUCUAUGCCUUCGUGGGACCGGCGGCUGCUGUCGUUUUGGUGAACAUGGUUAUUGGCAUUCUGGUUUUUAACAAACUUGUAUCCAAAGAUGGAAUAACAGAUAAGAAACUGAAGGAACGGGCAGGUCAGAUGGCAGUGCCCCUUUACGGGAUGACGCUCAAAUGUUCCAAGUGUGGAGUAGUUUCUUCUGCUGAAGUUUCGGCCACAGCCACCAGUAACGCCAUGGCAUCCCUUUGGAGCUCCUGCGUGGUCCUGCCUCUCCUGGCCCUCACCUGGAUGUCUGCAGUCCUGGCCAUCACAGACAGACGCUCAGCCCUCUUCCAGAUCCUCUUUGCUGUCUUUGACUCCUUGGAGGGCUUUGUCAUCGUUAUGGUCCAUUGCAUCCUGCGGCGGGAGGUCCAGGAUGCCGUGAAGUGCCGAGUCGUGGAUCGUCAGGAAGAGGGAAACGGAGACUCAGGGGGGUCGUUUCAGAAUGGACACGCUCAGCUCAUGACCGAUUUUGAGAAGGAUGUGGACAUGGCUUGUAGAUCAGGUGAGCACAUCACAGUGCUGAAUAAAGACAUCACCACCUGCAGAACCUCAACCAUCACGGGAACCCUGAAGCGCCCAUCGCUGCCGGAUGAGGAGAAACUGAAACUCAACCACCAGAAAGUGUCAUCGAACUUCAACAGUCUUCCAGCCAACGUCUCCAAGAUGCACCUCCAGGGCUCACCACACUACCUGGGGGCCAUCAACCUGAACGAGUUCAGCAACCACUCCCUCACCCUGAAGAAGGACAAGAACCAGCCACCCAAAUCCAUCUACAUCUGCGACGGGGACAUCUUCAAGAAGUUGGACUCGGAGCUCUCGCGGGCGCAGGAGCAAACCCUGGACACCAGCUACGUCAUCCUGCCCACCAACACGUCCACCCUGAGGGCCAAACCGCCCAAGGAUGAGAGCAAAUACAGCAUCAACAUCGACCAGAUGCCUCAGACGCGGCUCAUCCACCUCAGCAUGGCCACCGACCCGGGCUUUGUGGUCAAGAGCCCUCCCCGGGAGCCCGUGGCCAUGGCGUGCAGCGAGGUCCAGGGUUCCUCCAUGAUCCAGCAGCAGCAGCAGCUGGCUCCACAGAAUAUCUCCAACGAGUCACAGAUUCCCAACAGCCUGUGUGACACGGGUGACUCAGGGAACUCGGGUGUGGUGUCCAAGAGCGAGACCGUGUCCACCCUCUCCAUGAGCUCCUUGGAGCGGAGGAAAUCUCGGUAUGCAGAGCUAGAUUUUGAGAAAAUCAUGCACACGAGGAAACGUCACCAAGACAUGUUCCAAGACCUGAACAGAAAACUCCAGCACGCAGAGAAGGACAAGGAGUCUCCAACAACGGACAGCAAGGUUAUAAAACGCUGGAGUGUUUCUUCUGGUGGCAGUGAUAAAACAAACGUUAGCCAAGAAAAACAGCAGACACCAAACAAGAGACCCUGGGAAGGCAUCAGGAAAGUCCAGUCCCCACCAUCAUGGGUUAAAAAGGACAUGGAACCCGUGGCACAGUCUCCCCUAGAACUAAAAACUGUAGAGUGGGAGAAAACAGGGGCCACCAUCCCCUUGGUGGGACAAGACAUUAUUGACCUUCAGACAGAGGUCUGAGCAGAAAGGGAAGAAAAAGGACUUUUUUUUUUCCGGAAAACAAACGAAACAAACAAAAAAAAGAAACAAACAAACAAACAAACAAACAAAAAAACCACGUUUUAAAGAAAUGAUUAAAUUAAAUCGGAACUGAGCAAGAGAAGUGUUUGGUUUCUUUUGAAACCUUUGGUAAGAUGGAGUAACUUUUGUAUUGUUUCUCAGCAGAGAGGGGGAAAUAUUACUUUAUAGAGUAUAGUAGCUGUAGGUUCAGGACAACACGAGCUUUCCCAGGUAGGACUGGAGAAGAAGAGCCUGGAGGAGAGCGAGGAGGAGGAAGAGGGUGGGGAGGGGCUGCAGGGGACGAGCCCUGCCGAGAUGCUCUCGGGUUCUGCACACCAGGAGAGCCUUCCUGCUCUGCCACCGGGAGGUGUGGAAGGCCCAGCAGCCCAGCAGCCACCACGGAGGGCCAAGAAGAUCGGGGUUGUUUGGGGACCACGAGAGCGGGAGCCUCGCGGGGACGUGGCCUGGCCGGGGGAGACCCGGCCCUGGGGGGCCCAUCCUCAUCCCCCACCUCUCCCUCAGCAGCUCAUCCGAGAAGGAAGGAGGUGGGAUGCUCCAAGAAAACGUUCCCACUCGUGUGCCACGCCGUGCCCUGGAAUUGUGGCACAUCCACGGCAGGUCCUCACGGAGCCUGGAGGGGGAAUUGGUGGCAUGAAGUGGCGAGGUGAGGUGGGGCUUCCUCCUCUCAGCCCUCCGCAGCAGAGCUCCUUGGAGUUGUGUCCCUCGGGAGUGGGACAGGCACAGGAGCACAGGACCAGCUCCAAAUCCUCGCCCCACCUCCAGGGAGAGGGUGGAAGGUGUUGGAAAACAGACCAACCAGAGGAAUGUAGGUCGUUUCAUUGACUGUUAAAUAGAUAAACUCAGCACCAGGGCCUUGCAAAGGUCCUUUAGCCUCAUCCUUUUUUUUUUUUUUUUGUUUGUUUACUUUUCUGUUAUUUUUCCUUGCUUUGGGACUUCAGAUUUAUUCCAAGCUGCCCCUCCCUCCCUGGAAGGCAGAGAGAGAAAGAGGGAAAGACAGACCUGCCAAUGUACCUGGAGAUAUUGGAAUACAGAGACGUUGCCUUAGGACAUUGAGACAAACUGACAACACGAAUAACGUCCACUUGGAAACAAAAAAAAAAAAACAAACAAAAUAAUCUAUUUUUUUCCUUCUUCUUUUCUUUUCUUCAAUAAAAAGAGAACUUGAAACCCGA